AUAUGACUGUGUUGACGUGUAAUAACAGGUUUUAAAUGGACACUAGCAAAAUAUCAUUUAUAGGCAGAUGGACAUAGAUAUUAAAUUAAAGAAACCGUAUGAAAUUAAAACGGAAGACGUAGAUCAGAUGCGCUACUCGGCAGAUGUGCUUAGCAAUGAAGUACCCUUUCAAAGCACUUACAUUAAGGAAGAGAAAGAUGAUGUAUAUACCGUUGAAGAAUUAAGUUUCGUGGCAAUAAAAAAUGAACCAGUAGAUAGUGAAGCAGAUGAUUUUGGAGAAAAUCCUGAGUUAAGGUUUAAAUCGGAAGUGGGUGACAAAUUUGUGGAAUUAAACAAUAACAUUGUCAAUAAGUACUAUGUCAAAGAAGAUGCUGUGAUAAAAACUGAAAAUUUAUUAGACUAUAAGAGUUUAGGUACCAACGAAGUGAUUAUCAAAUCCGAAGAGUCGGAUCGCUCGAAACGCGUCCCGAAAAUAUCCGGUAAGCGGGUUUGGGCUUGCAAAAGAUGCGAUUACACGUCGAAGACGCAACGCAGCCUGCAGCUGCACGCGCAGGCUCACGGCGACCUUAACACGUCCCUGUUCUGUGACCGAUGCCCGUACAACCCUCCCGAUAAGUUGCAGCUGGAGCGUCACAAACAGAUUCACAAGCACGUGGACGACUUUGGAGAUUUUACAUGCAACCGCGAGACUUUCGAAUCGAAAAAACCUCCGCCGUCCCGCAAAAAAGACAGAAGUUUGAAGUGCUGCCACCUGUGCGACUAUCGGACUCGGCAAAGCGGGCACCUGACGCGCCAUCUGUUGGUGCACAAAAGCCCCGAAGACGUGGUCAUGUAUCGGUGCCACGACUGUACCUUUUCGAGCAAGCAAAAGUGCCGAUUGCGUCUGCACAUUAAAGCUGUCCACCUGAACCGUCUGACGAAAGGGUUGGAUCCCCGAAACCGUUCCAUUUUCCGUAACUUGGCCCAAGUGAAGGAAUACACGUGCACCGAGUGUCCGUACAAAACGGUCCGUAGUUCCGACAUAAAACGUCACCUGGUUACCCACGAGGGUCCAGACGAAGCGACCAUGUUUACGUGCGAGCAGUGCAACUUUAAAACGAAGUACAAGCGAAACUUGGCGGUGCACGUGUCGACGCACAAGGACGCGGAAAACCUGCGCACUUACGAAUGUUCGAAGUGUUCGUUCAAAACGAAACUCAGGUACAACCUGAAGAGGCAUUUGCUGAGCAAGAGGCACUUGGGACUGGCUCGGGCCCCUCGCGGAUCGGCGACCGGGUGUUUAUUGGAAGACACUUAGUACGAAUUUAACGUAGCAGUGGUUAGGGAGAUAUUUUUGAUGA